AUGAUGAAAAAAUAUACUUUCAACCAUAGCCUUACUGGCAUUGAUCAUCGAAGUGAACUUUCCCAAGAGGAAUUUGAGCAGGUCUAUGAUGGCAAAUGGCCGGUUCUUUUGACAGAUGUUGUUACCAAAUGGCCUGCAUUCAGUUGGACUAAGGCAUUCUUUGUGGACAAUUAUGGAGAUGAACGAGUGACAGUAAAGAUUUGUCAGGGAGAUGAAACAUAUGGUUCAGUGGAGGAAUUACGUCAUAUGCUUCCACUUCUCUCCAGUACAGAACUACAACAAUGGCUUUACAUUGAGGAUGAACUUUUCUUCCCUUCUCAUCCAGAACUACAAAAGGAUUUGGGUAACAUUCCCUAUUUGAAAGAGGACUUCUUUUCUUUGUUUCCAAAAGAAGUGAGGCCCUGGAACAGCAUGCUGCUAUGGGGAGGUCAUCACUCCAAGUCUCCUUUGCACAUGGACCCUUACAAUUGGACUGGCACCAAUUCUGUUUUAAAAGGCAGGAAAAAAUGGAAGUUAUUCCCACCAGGCCAAGAUGAUUUAUUAUAUGUCACAGCAGGGCAACAAUGUGGCUUCCCUCUUGAAUGUCGAAAGUAUAACAGUUUCAUUGAUGCAUUUAAUCCUGAUCUGAAAACUUACCCGAAAUUUUCUGAUGCAUAUUCAGUUGAUUUUGAACAAAAAUCAGGAGAAUUGCUCAUUAUCCCAACUGGAUGGUACCACCAGGCUUAUAAUAUGGAAGAAACUUUGGCUGUGUCAGGACAAGUAAUGAAUUUGCAUAAUUAUUUGGCUGUCCUUGAAGAAAUUAUCAAAGUUGGAAAUUUGGAAAGAAACAUUAUUCCUAAGGAGUUUGAAAAACUCUCUGCCAGAUUUCAGGUGCAAGCAAUGAUGGAUUUAUUACCUGAAAGGAUUCUGGCUCGUGGCAGACAUAUUACAGAAAUUUACAAAAGAACACGUGAUGAUCUCUGA